UGUCAAUUUCUUUGUUGUUUUUUUUCUAAAAUGGAUCCUGUCAUCUUAUGUUGUGCAGCACUCCCUUUUAUUGUAAUACUGAUCAGAAAAUGCCGUCAGCUUACCUGGGGAUGGUGUAAUGAUGAAAGUAUAUUGACUAACAAAUGUUUCAUUGUUACUGGAGCAAAUUCUGGUAUUGGAAAAGAAACAGUGAAAGCUUUAGUAAAAAGAAAAGCCCGAGUAAUUAUGGGUUGUCGGGACAUAGAAAAGGCAAGAGAAGUUAUAAGAGAGAUUCGUCGCACAAUUUCUACUGGGGAAUUGGUACCAAUGGAGUUAGAUCUUGCUAGUCUAAAGUCUAUUAGACAUUUUGCUGUGGAAGUCAUAAGAGAUUUUCCACAGAUUCAUGUUCUUAUUAAUAACGCUGGUGUUGCUGUGCCUCCUUUGAGAGAAUAUAAAACCAAGGAGGGUUUUGAAAUAAAUAUGGGUGUUAAUCACAUUGGUCAUUUUUAUUUAACUAAACUACUUUUGCAGAAAUUAAAAGACUCAGCACCCAGCAGGAUCAUUAUUGUUUCAUCUAAACUCCAUGAAAAAGGUGAAAUUGACUUUGACAAUUUACUUGGCGAACAUGGCUACGAUGGUGUAAGAAACAGGAACCCAGCUUACAAUAAUGCUAAGCUCGCUAAUGUUUACUUUUGUCGUGAAUUAGCCAAACGACUUCCGGCUGAUGUUGAAACCUUUGCAGUUUGCCCAGGGCUUUGUUUCACCAGAUUAAUGAGACAUGCUGGAAUUAAAUGGUUUCAGUAUAUUAUGCUGGCACCAGUUGCCCUUUUUUUCUUGAGAUCUGCUGAACAGGGAAGCCAGACUGUUUUACAUUGCGCAUUAUCCAAUGAUGUGAUUGGCCACUCUGGUAAAAUCUUCAGAGAUUGUAAGCUGUAUCAUUCAAGCCAUAAAUUUGAUAAUAAUAUUCAAGAAAAACUAUGGCGUGUCACUGACCGUCUUAUUAACAAAUACAUCUAAUUAUUUUAAACAUACUAAAACUACUUUAUGUAUGUCUUUUUGAUGGUUCUUUGAUGUUAUAUAUGUAUGUGAUUUAUUAUAAGACUGAAUGUUUUAGAGGAAAAAAUGGGAUCUAGUAGUUUUUCUCUUUCUCUCUAAAAGGAAAAGAAUUUUGAUGUGUGUUUACAUAGAAAUUAGAAAUUAUAUUUUAGCUGUGGUGGUAAAAAAUAUUGGUUAAAUACAUUGUGAUAAAUUAUCUCAUUUCACUAA